UUGGCGGAUUUAUUUAUAUUAUUUCAGUACUGUUUCAUCGAGGUGCAACCCUCCCAAACAGGGCCUUAUCUUUUCCAGAGCCAUACACCACACGUCGCCACGGAGGAGAUGCAGACCGACAGGCGGCACCGGAAGUUUCUCGGUCGGUCGGGUCCACUCGAAGCCCUUUGCAGCCUAUAGAAGUCAAAAAAGGGAGCAUUUGGGACUUGGAAGAGACAGAGACAGAGAGCGAAAGAAAUGGAGGGCAUCCACCGGGACGUCGGCUCCACCACCGACGCGUGGCUGAAGAAGCACAGCAUCGUGUACAUCGCCGCCACCAGGCACCCCUUCAUCCACGCCAUCCGCGACGGAUCCAUCGACCCCAACAACUUCAAGCGCUGGCUGGGACAGGACUACUUGUUCGUGAGGACGUUUGUUCCCUUCGCCUCGAGUGUCCUGUUGAAAGCGUGGAAGGAAUCAGACGAUAGCUCCGACAUGGAUGUCCUGUUAGGAGGCAUUGCUUCCCUUAACGACGAGAUCUCUUGGUUCAAGAGAGAAGCCUCCAAGUGGGGCGUCCAAUUAUCGUCAAUCGUUCCUCAGCAAGUAAACCAGAACUACUGCAGGUUCUUGGAGAGCCUGAUGGGCCUGGAGGUCGAGUACACGGAGGCCAUCACGGCACUGUGGGCCAUCGAAGUAGUGUACCAGCAGAGCUUCGCACACUGCCUCGAGGAAGACGCAAGCACCCCAGCAGACCUGAGGGAGACAUGCCAGAGAUGGGGCAACGAGGAGUUUGGCAGGUACUGCAGCACUCUCCGGAUGAUCGCCGAUCGGCGCUUGAUGAAGGCCACCGACAGUGAGCUGAAAAAGGCCGAAGUGACCUUCCUAUGCAUCCUAGAGCACGAGGUCGAGUUCUGGAACAUGAGCCGUGGGUAGAUCUCUAUGGUCUUGCCGUUGCGCGUGUUCAGGUUCAUGCUCGGCUGUUUAUGUCUAUGGUUCCGUAAGGUAAAUAGGAGUACGCGACUUGCUGUGUUUCCACUGAGCAAAUAUAAGGAUGUUGGGGCAAAGGUGGAAUUCUCAUCAAUAUGUUGCCCUUUUAGUUUGUGUUUUUAGUGGAUAAAAUAAAAUAGUUUAAUUCAUAUAUUUUUUAGUGGAUAAUUUUUAUUAUUUAUGAAAGGGAAAAAAAUAGUUGAAGGGCUCCCUUUUAACUUCAACAAGGGACCUUUUUUCCUUCCGUGAUUACUUCGGGGGACUUUUUCUUUUAA